AUGUUGAGAACCGAAGAGUUGCUCGCCAACUCGAGAGCGAACGAGAGGAGGAACGAGCGAGUUGGUAUAGAGGACCAAGUUUUUCCCGCGACAUUUUUACUGCUCAAAGCAGCUGGGGUUUGGACGCCGACGACGCUGAAGUUGCGUUCGCAGUACAUGUGCUACAGAAUUUACUCGGCCUUUUGUUUCAUCAGUGUACUGGCACUGGUAGUUACCGUAUCGAUAGAGAACGUCGUCUCCAGCAAUGCCUCGAUCUUGGAGAGCUGGUACAUGCUGGUCAUAUUUUCGCAUGGAUUGCUCAAAAUUAAGAAUCUACAGUGGAGAAGGGUCAAGGUUAUUCAUCUGCUGAAAGAAUGUAUCAUGAACGAGCGAUGGAGCAUCGCGAGGAACCAAGACGAACGUGCGAUUAUAAACGAGUCCAAGCGCGCCGAAAAAUUCAUUACGCACCUGUGGCUGAGCUUACUCUUGGUAAACGGUUUGGGCAAUGCGCUGAAUCCCUUGAUCCACGAAAAUCCGAAUAACUCGCUGAUAUUCGAGUGCUACUCACCCUGCGACAGGAGCCUCCCCUCGUGCUUUUGGACAGCCUACGCUUACCAGCUGUUCGGAUACGCGAUUUCCAGUACGGUCCACGUCGGCUGCGACUGUCUGAUCUUCAACUUUAUCGAGCGAAUCAAUGCUCACACGAUGAUCUUCAUCGACAGGCUGCAAAAGCUGCCCAGCCGCGUGGUCGAGGGAAAAAACGAGGGCUGCCUCGACGCCUCGCGACACGAGGCUCGCCUGCUGAAAGAGUGCAUUCAGGAUCAUCGCAGAAUUUACGAGUCGGUGGAGGAGCUGAACAACACGUUCUACGAGGUCGUCACCAUACAGUUUUUGACGACCAUAUCCAUCGUGUGCACGAACAUCUACUUCUUGUCCAAACAAGAACUGUUCAGCGCCGACUUUAUCGGCGUGCUGGUUUUUCUCGUCUGCGUGCUCACUCAGAAUUUCAUAUUCUGUUGGUACGGCUACAAGUUGUCUGAAAGUAGCUCUUACAUAGUCAACGCAAUCUUCAACAUGGACUGGCUCGUGCUCAACAAGAGAAGCAAAGGCUUGCUUCUGUUCGCCAUGAUGUCGGCAUCGAAUGAAAUCAAAAUAUUCCACAACGCUCUGGUCAACUUGUCUCCGGAAACGUUUUUACAGUUCGUGAAAAUGUCCUACUCGGCAUUCAACUUGUUGCAGCAAUCGAAUUGA